UCCGUUCGCUCCGUCUCCAGGCUCUUUUCUCCUCCAUCUCUGGUCUCCUCUAACUGGAAAAACACACCUCACCUCGCCGUGAACCGUGUGUUUUUAUGUGAGAAUGGCCGCACAGGAGGUGGACGCGCUGCCCAGCGACACUCUGGAGACGCUGAAAACCGAAUCGGAUGCGCUGAAGACCAAACUGGAGGAGGAGAGAGCCAAACUGCACGAUGUCGAGCUACAUCAGGUGGCGGAUAAGAUGGAGGCUUUGGGUCAGUUUGUUAUGAAGACCAGACGAACCCUGAAAGGCCAUGGAAAUAAAGUGCUGUGUAUGGACUGGUGUAAAGACAAGAGGAGAAUCGUCAGUUCAUCUCAGGAUGGAAAAGUGAUUAUUUGGGAUGCAUUUACAACAAAUAAGGAGCAUGCAGUGACCAUGCCCUGCACAUGGGUCAUGGCCUGUGCUUAUGCUCCUUCUGGAUGUGCAGUGGCUUGUGGUGGGCUUGACAACAAGUGCUCUGUAUACCCUCUCUCCCUGGACAAGAACGAGAACCUUGCUGCCAAGAAGAAAUCAGUGGCCAUGCACACUAACUACCUGUCUGCAUGCUGCUUCACCAACUCCGAUAUGCAGAUCUUGACAUCUAGCGGUGAUGGCACGUGUGCUCUGUGGGAUGUGGAGAGUGGUCAGAUGCUGCAGAGUUUCCACGGACAUGCAGCUGAUGUGUUGUGUCUGGAUCUUGCCCCCUCUGAGACAGGAAACACCUUUGUGUCAGGGGGCUGUGACAAGAAGGCUUGUGUGUGGGACAUGCGCACGGGACAAUGUGUACAGUCUUUUGAGACUCAUGAAUCGGACAUAAACAGUGUGCGGUACUAUCCAAGUGGAGAUGCUUUCGCUUCAGGCUCAGAUGACUCCACCUGUCGUCUCUAUGAUCUGAGGGCAGACAGAGAGGUGGCUAUUUAUUCUAAAGAAAGCAUCAUAUUUGGGACAUCUAGUGUGGACUUCUCCCUCAGCGGGAGACUACUGUUUGGCGGGUACAAUGACUACACGAUCAACGUGUGGGAUGUUUUAAAGGGAACCCGUGUGUCCAUCUUGUUCGGACAUGAGAACAGAGUUAGCACGCUCCGGGUUUCACCGGAUGGAACCGCAUUCUGUUCAGGAUCCUGGGAUCAUACAUUACGAAUUUGGGCGUAACUCUGGAACGUCAGACAUUGGGCACUAUCAGAUUUCUUGGUUUUAUGACUGUCACUGGAAUCCAUGAAAACCACAGACUCUAAUAGUGUGUUGAGUGUAGUCGAGUAUAUGAUACGAGAGGGGCUGUAGUGCAUCCACAUAGACAAACACAAACUAAAUCACACCUUUAAUGAGCACAAUCGCCCAGUUCACUAUGUGCUUGGUAUUAUGGGAUGGCCUUGGAUAGACUUCAGUUGUUGGUUUGUCAUCUGUUUCUAUAGCAGCAACUAUCCCUUUAUAUGUAUAAACAUAUGAACAUAUUCAAACUAGAAAAUAUAUUUGUUUUAGGAAAGAAUAGAUUUUAACUACUUGUAUUAAUAAUAAUAAUAAUAACAAACAAUAUAUUACAUUUCUUGUUGUUUAGGAUCUUUGUAUGAGGCUGAAAGCUAAACAGAGACUCUUAUUAUUCUUAUUAACCACUUGAAGCAUUUUAAAUGAGUGAAACAGAGGCAGAUGAAUGACACUAUAUCUGAUAUGCAAGCUGGCAGGUUUUGUUAUGCUCUCUUGCUCAUAAUAGUCUGCCUGUCAUUCAGUUAUUAUGGCACUAUAGAUGUUUCUUAUUGUAGCAAAGUGUAUAUAUAUAUAUAUUAUACCAUAUAGAUUGUCUCAACAGCACCUAUAUCCCUACACUUAAACCAAAUAAAUUAAUUUUAA